AUGGUCAUUUUUUACAUGAAUAUCAAAAUCCUCACACCCAUCACUGAACCCAAAACAAGAGAGCACUUCUUGCACUAUUACCAUCAGUUUACUCUAGAUUCAGAGUCUGUGCAUAAACACCUCUGUCUUUCUGAGGAGAACACAGUAGCUGCUUGCACUGCUACACUGCAGCCGUAUCCUGAUCAUCCAGACAGAUUUGAUGUUUGGCCUCAGGUGUUGUGUAAAGAAAGCUUGUGUGGACGCUGUUACUGGGAGGUGGAGUGGAGCGGGACUCGUGGUGUGGGAAUAUCAGUGUCAUAUAAGAGCAUCAGCAGGAAGGGACGGGGUAAUGAGUGUAAAUUUGGAUGUAAUGAUCAGUCCUGGAGAUUGUUCUGCUCUCCCUCUGGAUUUUUAUUUAGUCACAAUAACAAAAAAUCUGAACUCCCUGUAUUCUCCAGCUCCUGUAGAAUAGGAGUGUAUGUGGAUCACAGAGCAGGAAUUCUGUCCUUCUACAGCGUCUCUGACACAAUGACCCUCAUCCACAGAAUCCAGACCACAUUCACUCUACCGCUUCAUCCGGGGUUUGGCAUAACCCAGGACUCAUCAGUGAAACUGUGUCCUUCAGCAGUAUAGAUUAAGUAGAGCUUCUACAAACAGGGCCGGAUUUAGGCAUAGGCAUUCUAGGCACGUGCCUAUGCUUGCUCGUCCAGGGGGGCCCCAAACACAAU